AUGGAUCAAUACAAAGACAUCGCACUUUGGCUUUCUGCAGCCGCUGCCAACGCCCGGCCCGGCCAACAGGGCAACAAUCUCAUCUUUCAAGAGGGAAGCACUCUUUAUAUGGAACAGUGGACUAAUGACGGGCUCUCUGGCAAGACCCCCAUUGUUGAAGGCGUGAGAGAUGAAACGCCAGUCGCCCUGAUUGUCGAUAACAAAAUCUUUGUCCUCAACGCAAACAGCGUCCUGACUUGCCAUGUCAAGCCCCAAGGAGAUGGAAAACCCGGCGAACUUUGGCCCGAGGAAAACCUCGGUGAUGGCAACAUUCAGAUUCACCCUGAUAGCCAACUGUUCGCUCUUCAAUCAGGAGGCCAAGUUAUUAUCUUUUAUCAAGACACUGAUGGGGACUUGAGCUCAAUCAAAGAGUCCAAUGGUAUAUGGACGGUUUCGAAACUGCUCGCGACCAGCCCCACGCUUGGAACUCCCCUGGGGUACUUCCCCCACCUCGGCAAGGAACACCUGCUCUAUGUUACGGAGGAUGACUUGGUGCGUGCUCUGGUCAAGGAAGAAGGCGAAGAAGAAUGGAAAGAUCAAACGUUCUCACCUGCACGGCUCCAAGGUUCUGUAUCGAAUCUGGUUGCGAUUCCAACUCAGGAAGAUGAUGAACCGGAGGGCCUCAGCGUAUUUGGUCUCGUUUCCUCUCAGCUAGUGAUGAUAAACGGGACUACAGAAGAUGCGGUUGUUCUUGGAAUGGUGAAGAACCGUACCUACCUAGGUACCUAG